AUGGGAAAAUCACUUCCUUCUACAACCAGGCUUCAAGAAUUCGCCAAGAUCUUCACCUCCAACAGACUACAAAUUUCCAAGCCAAUCAAACCCGUUUCCAAAACCCGUCUGCCCGAACCCGCCAAACCCACCAAGGGAAUCCACGUUGAGUUGGAGCAUCAACGAUUGAGGUUGAAGAAGAAGAUGGAAGGGAAUUCAGAGCAGCCAAAAGAGACCCGAUUGCUACUUUCUGAGGUGGUUUCGGACUGCGUGAAGCGGUGGUUUCAGGACACACUCAAGGAGGCCAAAGCCGGGGAUAGCGCCAUGCAGGUCUUGGUGGGUCAGAUGUAUCAUAGUGGCUACGGUGUCCCCAGAGAUGCCCAGAAGGGACGAGCUUGGAUUAGUAGAGCUUCGAAGAGUCGGUCCUCAGUAUGGAAAGUCAGCGAUAAACAUCCAGGAUACAAUGCCAGUGACUCGGAUUCUGAUGAUAUGAAGGUUGACGCCAAAUAG